CCUAUUUUCUCGAAUAAUCAACCUUACUCUCGUUUUGCUCCUCUAUGAUGGCCACCAUACCUUUCAAUGACAGCGCGUCUGGCAUCUUCGACCCACCUCCCUCGUAUGAUGCAAUUUAUAUGCCCGUAUCAACGAAUUCCAUCCAAUGUAAACGAUCAGUGUUUUCAUUCCUACAAUCCAAGCAAAAAUGCCGCCGUGCCUUAGUAUUAUCUCGCAUCCAUGCAAUUGUCUCCUCUCCUGAUUUCACCCCUUCCUCUGUUGCACAAAUUGUCAAAUCCUGUGCUGCUGCUCUCCCAGCAGCAGAGUUCUCUAACCUCCUUCAAAAACCCAAUAUCGAGGAUCACUCAGCCCUGUAUUGGGCGAUUGUCAAUAACCAGCGAGAAACCCUUUUGGAGUUUACUAAAUUCAUUCUCAAAUUCUCGCCUGCUUGCUCUUCUGACUUGCGUCUUGCGUGCAUGACAGUCAACGAUCACGAUUCGUUUAUGCUACUAAAUUUGGGAGACAUUGUUAAUCCCAAGGACAGGUCUUUGAGACGCAUGUUGCGUUGUCCGCAAGAUGAUAUUCAAGUCUAUGAAGGGGAUGACAUGGACCAAAACCGCUUCUUUGUUUGUUUCGUCUUCAGGAUGUUCCAGAAACGUCUGCGUAUUACACAGAAAUUCGAAGUAGAAUUCGUUGCCCGGGGACGUAUAUGGGCAUUGCGUCUUUAUAUGGGGGAGAAAGGGAAGUGGUGCAUUGAGUAUUGUCUUUCUGGACAUAGCUUGCCAGUACAUCCAAAUGCCGUACUUCAGAUUCAGUCCAACAAACCGCCACCUGGCUCAGAUACCCCGAAACAUCUACGCUUGGUACAGCAUACAUCGGGCAUUCUUAUAACCGAGGAAUCAUUUCACCAUGGCCAUAUCACAGAUAAGGAAGCCAAGUCUGGAUUUCUGUGGCAGUUUCCAGAUGAUUGGCCAAUGGAUGAUCCCCUCGAACUCAGGCUGACUUGGUCUGAUUUGCUUUAGCAACACUGUUUAUGUAGACUGCAAUGGCACCCUAACUACAAGGCUUCAAAUGACGAUAAAAUAACGCUACCCCCGGUCAGGUCAGUCAACCUGUCUCUGAUUAGUGACAAUGUCAUUCUUGACGUGCGCGGUGUUGCCGGACUUGACCUCUGGCCGAUGAUGUAGUCGAGGACGGCGGCAGGAAGAUGGCGGGAAGAAAGAGGACGGUGACAGGAAGUUAGGAAGAUGAAAGGGGCGAUUGAAACGCUGGGAUAAAAAACUUUGGGGACGAUAUGUGGCGCGCGCAAGUGGGGAAUUUCGAAGGUACAAAGUCGUCUGUUGUUAUCCCAGGCUUACUUUGCGUGUGUCAAGAGCAUUGUCCAAGUCGGAGAGUGUAGCUCGGAAGGUCACGACAGCUUCGUCAUAGUAUUGUGUACCUCGAAAUGCUACGGGCUUUCACUGGUAUCCG